AUGAGACGUGCAGAAUUCUCAAAUUUCGUCAACCUACCUCUUCAAAUUGUCGUCCAUAUCUUGGAGCAGCUGCGGGCCCGUGACAUUCUCGCUGUCGGAGCGACAUGUCGACGACUCAAAUUCUUCAUCGACCAGUCCAGCGUGCUUCAGCUCAUCACAGAGCUCGCGCCUUGUGGUCUAAACACAAUGUCACCAGCAGAGCGACUCGACGCCUUUCGACGCGCCUUACAGAGUUCUACGCAGGCGACGGACGACCUCGCGUACAAGUUUGACUGUGAGGGUGUAAGCUACGCGACUCAAACUGGUCUCCUCUGCUACACGACGCGUUUGAAUGGACACGUCUCCGGGAUCGUCAUCCAAAGUCUGUGGGAAGCAGGCAGUGAACCGUGGAGACGUUUUGAUGACCUUGGCGUGAUCAUCGAAGCGUUUGCAUUUGAUGUGUACGAGGAUCUACUCGUACUCAUAUCGCCAUCCCACACCGUGGACGCCAACGCCAGGAUUCAUCUUCGGUCCUUGAGAACAGGCUUGGGUCAUCCGCGUGCAUCCAGUGCCACUCUUGGGCUCGCUUCCCGGGACUUGGACUCUGAUAAGACCAGAAUUCUCAUUUCAGAACGUGUCAUGAUCUAUUAUGGCCCUAACUCCCAUGGGUGGGGUCGUACGCUCGUCUGGGAUUGGACUCUAGGAGUACUACUACGUGAGGUGCUGGAGUUUUCGUCUGUACUACGAACGCUAAUACUGAGCAGGCACUUGGUGAUAUCGGAGGUGUGGGCUUCAUUUCAACGACCCUUCUCCUUUGGAUCGAACACAGUCACGCGCGAGCUCAGUCUAUGA